ACGUCACCAGAACCUCGAGCCCCUGCAUGCAAAUCACGUCUCCACUGGAGCCUCUCCAUUGGCCGCCUCUUGCUCAUUUAGCUGCUGUCAAAGCGCGCGGCCAGAGCACGCUCCGGUAACUUUUCCCAGUACAGCUUCAACCAAAGUAAGCUCAAACAACCGGUUUCUAUUCUUCUCGGCUCUCGCGGAUGACAGGAGGAGAAAGAGGCGAAAAGGGGAAGUGCGGAACAAGUUUACCUCUGAGUGGAUUUCACCCUGAGACUGCAGCACCUUUUCAUCGCUCCUCGUUUCUUUUAACGCUCGUUGUCUCGGAGGUUUAGCUGCGCGCGGGCCAGACUGAAUGUGUCUGUGUAUUUGACUGAGAAGUGUUGUCCUACCAAGACCAGGUGAAUGUACAGCAUCAUGAUGGAGACGGACUUACAUUCCCCCAUGGUGCCCCAGACCAACCCAUCUAACCCGGGGGGGCACGCGGGAGGAAUAGGCGGGGGGCCCGGGGGCAAAGUCCCGCAGGACAGAAUCAAGAGACCCAUGAACGCCUUCAUGGUCUGGUCCCGGGGCCAGCGGAGGAAAAUGGCACAGGAGAACCCCAAGAUGCACAACUCUGAGAUCAGCAAGCGGCUGGGCGCAGAGUGGAAGGUGAUGACCGAGGCAGAAAAGAGACCGUUCAUCGACGAGGCGAAGCGGCUCCGGGCCAUGCACAUGAAGGAACACCCGGACUACAAGUACCGGCCGCGGAGGAAGACCAAGACGCUGCUAAAGAAGGACAAGUACUCGCUGGCCGGCGGGCUCCUCGGCUCACCUGUGGGUAUCGGGAUGGGCGGAGGGCAGAGACUGGAGAGUCCCGGAGGGGGCCACGCGGGGAAUGCGGGCUACGCCACGCACGUGAACGGCUGGGCGAACGGCACAUACUCGGGCCAGGUGGCGGCUGCAGCUGCGGCGGCUCACGCAAUGAUGCAGGAGGCGCAGCUGGCAUACACGCAACACCCGGGCUCCGGAGGUCACCCGCACCACCCGCAUCCGCACCAUCACCCGCAUCAUCACCAUCCGCACAACCCGCAGCCCGUGCACAGGUACGACAUGAGCGCCUUAUCUUACAGCCCCAUCUCAAACUCUCAGAGCUACAUGAGCGCCUCUCCGCCGGGCUACGGAGGGAUCACCGGCUACACUCACCAGCACCAAAGCUCCGGUGUCUCCCCGGUGUCCGGGACGAUCGGAGGGACUUUGGGGUCCCUUGUGAAAUCUGAGCCCAGCGUGAGCCCCCCAGUUUCCACGGCGCGCGGACCACCGCCGUGCCCUACGGGGGACCUGCGGGACAUGAUCAGCAUGUAUCUGCCGACCGGCGAAGCGGCGGGGGACGCCACCGUUCAUAGCAGACUGCACGUGCUCCACCCGCAGCACUACCAGAGCAGCGGCUCCACUCCGGUAAACGGGACUGUUCCUCUGACUCAUAUUUAAAUCUGUAAAUGUAUAAGCACUACAAACCACAACCAAAUAUUUAAAAACGUAGAUGUGGGCGCAGGCUGCUGAUGAAUUGUAAAUUAUAGGCGGUUAUAGCCAUAAAAAUGCAAUCACUUUGAACAAACUUUUUUAUUGUUAUUUUUAUUUUCUUUCAGUGAUGGAUUUUUGUCUGUCCGAGCUAAAGGAAAGCGCAUCCAAUUUACUUUUGCUCUCUGGAACAGAGCAUGCCAAGUUUUUGACACGAUUUAAAUUAUAAUCCGUGACGGCUGGUGCAUUUUGAAGGUUAUUUUUUCCGAUUUUUCUGUGGAAUUAAAGGCACCACGGUGUGUUUGAGGGGUCCUGAAAACCUGUUUAAAGAGGGAACCGUAUAAUAAAUGGAGGGCGGUGUGGAAGAUGUGUUUAAAAAAAAAAAAAAAAGUUUCUAGGCUGCAAUAUAAAUUGAUUUCCAGUUUUAAUGCUUGUAAACAUGUGACUCAGUCGGUGUAAUUUGAAUUUGUUUUGCUGUUGUAAAAUCUUGUAAAUUGUGAAUAAAUAGGCCUACUGAAAACA